CGCGGUUGGCCUCCGCUCCCGCCCUGCCUUGCCCUGCCCUUUCUUGGCCUCGGCGUUCGGCUCCGGCGUUGCUGCCGGGCGCGCCCUGACCGCUCCUCUCCUCCUCCUCCUCCUCCUCGGCCAUGGCGGGCAACCUGCGGCAAUUGGCGCUGGUGGGCACCGCCGUGGCCGUCACCGGCGGGGUUGCCUACGUCGUCUGGAGGAGCUACUGGGCCCCCAAAGGUUCGCCCGGCUCCCGACCACUGCGGCAGCCCUCGCCGGAACGCGCCCGCCUCGACUGCGCGGAGCCGCCCCUGGGACAGGAAAAGCCCCAAAGCAAGCAGAUCUUGGUUCUGGGUUUGGAUGGAGCUGGGAAAACCAGCAUUCUCCACUCACUAACAGCUAAUCAAGUGAAGCACAGCACGGCUCCCACGGAGGGCUUCAAUGCAGUCUGCGUCAGCACAGAGGACUCCCAGAUGGAAUUCCUAGAAAUCGGGGGCAGUGAGUUUCUGCGGUCCUACUGGAAGAUGUACCUCUCACGAGUCCUUUUGCUGAUAUACGUCGUGGAUUCAGCCGAUCACAAGCGCUUGCCCAUGGCAAAGAAACUGCUUCAUCAGCUGGUCCAGAAUAACUCGACCUUACCUGUAAUGAUCCUGGCCAACAAGCAGGAUCUCGAAGGUGCAUACUGCAUCACAGACAUUCACGAGGCAUUGGCGUUGUCUGACAUCGGGGACGAGAGGAAGAUGUUCCUGAUCGCCACACACGUGGCUGAAGACGGCUCCGAAAUCACUUCUGGCAUGAAGGACACACGGGAACUGAUUGCAGGGCUGGUCUCAGAAGCGAUGUGAUUGGUCCCAGAAUGGGGCACCGCCACGGGACUUAGAGCUGUUCUCGGAUAAACAGCUGGCAACCAUCAAAUAGUGCUCCUUUGCAUUUGAACCUUGCAGUUUUGAUCCUCAGGUAUGGAAUUCCAAUGGAGGCAAUGCCGAAGCUGCAAAGAACCUUAGGGCUUGUUUGUUUUUUAAUGUAAUAUAUUUGGGGGAAGUAGCUGUCUGCUUUUAAAACCAUGUGGAGAGAGAUGGCACAGAUCAAAUGGUUGGACACACACACACACACCGCAUCCAGGUGUCAAAUGUUGCUGCCAUUUUCAUGGGCAGCUGUUGUGGGUUUCAUUCAGAGCUGUGUGCUGGCUUAGGAGCGGACUUGUGGAAAAGCUAUACAAGUUUCUGUCUGAGGGCGACUGUGUUCAGAUUCUAGCUUGCGUAUACCUCAGGGGAGCUCUGUGUUUCUUGAAUGUCUUCAUGGCCUUUUUUGCCUCAGGUAUACAUAUAUAUAUUUUAGUCUGGCUUGUCCCAGGGCUUUCCCUUUCAAGCCAGAUCAGAGGAAGACCUCCUUUGCUCCAACUUAAAGGGGAAAAUGGCACACAAGCUACAGGCAGAACCUCUGGCUGACAGCAGGACCAGAGGGUGGAACUUCACCUUCACAAUGGCAUUGCUUAGCUCCCACAUCACCUCCCCAUCAGCCCUUUAACUGAGCUGUGGCUCAGCUUUGGUGGGUGGGGGGAGACAGAGCUUGCUGGACUGCUUGGAGGAUUCUUGUCUGGCUUCUGCGCCGCCAGCCUGACUAGCAGGAAGGGUGUGGGGAGGUGGCACCAGCGAGUAGUGCAGGGAUGGUGUGUGGAUACCAUCCCUGUGCACCUCCCCAACACCCGCUGUUAACUCCAUAGCAGUGGCGGCUUUUCUCACCCUUCUGUGGCCACAGCCCAAGACCACCUGGUUGCGAAUGAUUGCCAUGGUACAACAAGAGCACAGUUUUUGGCCAUGUGUGGAUGAGUCCUCAGCUGGAUAAACCUGGGCCUAGAAGAAUCCACGUGACAGGAAAAGUAGGCCUGAUGAGCCAGAAGUGAGACACAGGGGCUUUUGGCUUGUGUGUCAGUCCUGAAGGAAUGAACACCCUUGCUGGUGCACCUGGGAAGGACCACAACGCGAGUUGUAGUGAUUUUGUAACGUUUGGGUAGAGGUCUUAAUAAAAGGGCAGUGAUUUUGAGAAGGCGUUUCCCGCCAUUUUAUACAUGUAACUGUGGAGGCUGUGAUUUGAGGGGAAAGAAGCUUCCCAAACCUUUCUUUUCGUCAACUUUUCCUAUUAAAAAUCUGCCCCCACUACUGAGGGGGAAUGGUCAAGGAGGGGGGAGGGAGUCCUGACCCCUCCAGUAGUUUUUCUUUCAAAUUGCUGCCUCAGUGGUUGUAUUGUGUAAAGGGGGGUGGGGGGAUGCCUAAAAAGAACUGUAAUUCAGAAGAACCUCUGAGGAACCUGCUUUUCCUUAUGUGGGCAUUUUCUUCCAGUGAACAAGGAUAAGGAAUCCGCACU